UGUUGCCAGUAGUAUAUCAGUGCAUCCCCCUUAAGACAGAGUGUCUGCAGUAAACACAGUCUUAUUGGAUGAUAAGCUGCUAAAGGAGAGCCACUGUCCUCUGUCACAGACCCUCAGACCCUCGUCUGGCUUGCUUUCCUCCAUACACUCCUUCACCUGAGGGCAUCCACUGUAGCUCCACCUCACCUCAGGGCUCUACUCAUUUGUAUAAAACACACCCUGCAGCCCCGUCUUCACCUAACACACUCACAAAGUCACCACUCCACCCAAGCAAACAGGCGGACCCUAUUCUUUGAAAAUACACACUGGGUUUCUGCCUCUGGAUUAGCACAAUGCUGAGUCAGGAGUUCUUUCACGGACUGAGGUUGCCAGAUCUGGAGGAUGUUAGUCAGUACAUGAGGAGUGUAUCUAUACCUGUUGUUGUUAGCAUUGGGGCAGCUGCUGCAGCCACAGCCUAUUGCCUGGCAACACGACCCAAGGCCCUCCCUUCAGUCUUUGACCUUCACAUGCAGUCAGUUGAGCUUCCGGGUGGAGAGUUUGUACACAGAUCACUUCUUCAGAAUGGAAACGGUCACUUGACACAUGUAUUCGAGGACGGCAGGACAGUGUACGAGUCCUUUCUCCGAGGGGCCAGAGUCUCCAAUAAUGGUCCUUGUCUGGGUUCCAGGAAACCAAAACAGCCGUAUGAAUGGAUGUCGUAUGGAGAGGUAAUGGAGCGAACAGAGAAUCUGGGUUCAGCAUUUCUUCACAAAGGACACUCCAAGACCACAGACCCCCAUGUUGGCAUCUUCUCUCGGAACAGACCUGAGUGGACCAUCGCUGAGUUGGCAUGUUACACCUAUUCUCUGGUGUCAGUCCCUCUAUAUGACACACUGGGAACAGAAGCCAUCUCCUACAUUAUAGACAAAGCCGCCAUCUCCACUAUCAUAUGUGACGUGGUAGAUAAAGUCAACCUGGUGCUGGACUGUACAGAGGACAGGAAACACACUGUGAAAACUAUCGUCCUGAUGGAUACACAGAGUCCCGACCUGAGCCAAACCUUCCAAACCCUGGUCAACAGGGGGCGACAGGCUGGAAUCCACAUCCUCAGUUUGCAGGAGAUGGAGGCCAUUGGGAAGGCCAACCAUCAACAGCCAGUGCCUCCACAAUCUGAGGACAUGGCAGUCAUCUGCUUCACCAGCGGAACAACAGGAAAUCCAAAGGGAGCCAUGUUGACACAUGGGAAUAUUGUGUCCAACACCUCAGCAUUUAUCAAAAUGACAGAGACUCACUAUUCAUUUAGUACCAGUGAUGUCCAUAUGUCCUUCCUGCCCUUGGCUCAUAUGUUUGAGAGAGUCGCACAGGGAGUGAUGCUCAUUCACGGUGCCAAGAUUGGCUUUUUCCAGGGAGAUAUUCGUCGUCUGACAGAUGACCUGAACACACUGAAACCCACUGUGAUUCCUGUGGUGCCCCGAAUCCUAAACAGAAUGUAUGAUAAGAUUUAUGGGCAGGCCAAUACCCUACUGAAGCGCUGGCUGCUGGGCUUUGCCUACAGGAGGAAAGAGGCAGAGCUAAAGAAAGGCAUCGUAAGGAGGGACAGUAUCUGGGAUCAACUCAUCUUCAGGAAGGUCCAGGCCAGCCUUGGUGGUCGCAUUCGUGUCAUGAUCACUGGAGCUGCUCCCAUCUCUCCAACUGUUCUAACUUUCCUCAGAGCAGCAAUAGGUUGUCAGUUCUAUGAAGGUUAUGGACAAACAGAGUGUACUUCUGGGUGCACGAUGACCACGCCUGGGGACUGGAGUGCAGGUCACGUUGGAGCUCCUCUGCCUUGUAACUCAAUUAAACUGGUGGAUGUGCCUGAGAUGAACUAUUUGGCCAUAAACGGAGAGGGAGAGGUGUGUGUGAAGGGUACUAACGUGUUCCAGGGUUACCUGAAGGACCCAGAGAAGACAGCAGAGACCAUUGAUGCAGAGGGGUGGCUUCACACUGGAGACAUUGGAAAAUGGCUUCCUAAUGGGACACUGAAGAUUGUGGACAGGAAGAAGCACAUCUUUAAGCUGGCACAGGGGGAGUACAUUGCUCCAGAGAAGAUAGAGACCAUCUAUGUGAGGAGUGAUGCAGUGGCACAGGUCUUUGUACAUGGAGACAGCCUGCAGUCAUGUCUGGUAGCUGUGGUGAUCCCUGACCCUGACUUCCUCUCUGACUGGACCAAGAAGACCCUUGGAUUGGAGGGCAGCUACCAGGAGCUAUGUGGCAGACCGGAUGUCAAAGCAGCCAUCUUGAGGAGCAUGCUGCAGUUGGGAAAGGAAGUAGGCCUCAUGUCCUUUGAGCAGGUGAAAGCCAUCUACAUCCACACUGAGAUGUUCUCAAUUGAGAACGGCCUUCUCACCCCGACAUUGAAGGCCAAGAGGAACGAACUGCGACAACACUUCAGAUCCCAGAUAGAGGAGCUGUAUGCUGGGAUCAACAUGUAGAAGGACAGGGGUGAGCAGGACAUGAGGACAGGAGCUCCACCUAAUACUAGGUUUUUUUGAUGAAAACAAGAGGACAAGCUGAAGCACACAGUAAAUGAAAUGAAGAGAGGUCCUCUCAGACAUCAUCCACCUGUUAGGAUCUCUGACAGAGGAACAUUAGGAAACAAUGUUUGUUUUUAAAUGAACUUCAUUCAGAGCAUUUAGAACAAAAUCAAAUACAAAAAGGAAUACAAAACCUCUGAGGAUUUUAUGUUAUAAAAUAAAUGAAGCUAUUUUACUGAAUGUAUUUACAUAGCAAAUUCUGUCAGAAAGCAGUUAUUCUUAUCAUCUGCUAUCAGGGCAUUUUACAUUUAUAGGACAUUAAAGGUAGGGUUGGA